AUGGAUGGGACGGGGAACCACCUGGUGAUGUCUCACCUGCGCGCCAGGAGCACCACCGAUGCUUUAGAGGAGGAGGAGGAGGAGGAGGAGGAGGAGGAGGAGGAGGAGGAGGAGGAGGAGGAGGAGGAGGAGGAGGAGGAGGAGGAGGAGGAGAUGCAGGCGGAGGGCGUGAGGGAGGUGGCCGUGACAACCGGCCUGGAGGUGCUGUACCAGGGGAACCCCAACUACCGCGGAGCGGCGGCUGAGGCUGACUGCAUGAUCUAG